AUGGACUCUAAUUCCUCCAAAAGCGAGCCCCUCCACGCCUUUUCUCUCACCACCGACUCGGACUCCACCGACAUCGAGCCCCAGCUCGCCGUCCGGGCUGACCAGUCGCCGCGAAAUGUCCACGGUCUACGCUGGUUCCUCGUGUGCACCUCGCUCUAUGUCGGCGCUCUGGUCUACGGCCUGGACACGACCAUCGCUGCCGACAUCCAGGCUGCCAUCAUUGAGCGCUUCGGCGCUGUUUCCCAGCUCACGUGGGUGGGCACUGGCUUUCCUCUUGGCUCCGUGUGUGCCAUCCUUCCGAGCGCCGCCUUCUACGCCGUCUACGACACCAAGAUCCUAUUCAUCGCCAGUCUCUUGCUCUUCGAGGUUGGCUCCACCAUCUGCGGUGCUGCCCCCGACAUGAACGCCCUCAUUGUGGGCCGUGUCAUCGCUGGCAUCGGUGGGUCUGGUGUCUAUAUCGGCAUCCUGAACUACUUUGCCAUGUGCACGACGAACAAGGAACGAGGACGGUACAUGUCAGGUAUCGGUCUGGUCUGGGGCCUGGGAGCUAUUCUUGGUCCCGUCGUCGGAGGGGCAUUUUCGACUAGUUCCGCCACCUGGCGUUGGUCCUUUUACAUGAAUCUGGUCAUUGCAGCCGUCUGUGCUCCGAUAUACAUAUUUUACCUUCCGUCUCUCAAGCCACCAGGCUCCUCCGACAUGAGCGCCUGGAGCCAACUCCUCGCAAUGGAUUGGGCCGGUUUCACGCUCAGUACAGCGUCACUCGUAUGCUUCGUCGCGCCUCUGACUUUUGGUGGCGCGGGAUGGGCCUGGUCCGAUGGCCGCACUAUUGCCAUGUUGGUUGUCUCCGGCGUAUUUGCCAUCGCGACCGUGCUUCAACAACGCUUUUGCCUGCUUACCACUUCCAAAGCACGGAUGGUCCCGCCGUCUUAUAUCACCACAAACCGGAGCCAGAUUUUGUUGAACAUCCAGACGGCGGCAACAGUAGCAAACAUCUACAUUCCCCUCUACUAUAUACCACUUUAUUUCCAGUUUGUGCACGGAGACACGGCGAUAAAGGCGGCCGUCCGUUUGCUUCCAUUUGUCCUGAUCCUUGUCAGCACAAACAUGGCGAGUGGGUUACUUUUACCCAGUAUCGGCUACUACUGGAUAAUGUACACAGUGACCGGAAUCCUCAUGACGACUGGGGGUGCGCUCAUGUACACGGUCACCUUGAACACGAGGCCGGCCAACGUCUACGGGUACAGUGUCUUACUCGCCAUCGGGAGUGGCCUGACGUUCCAAGCGGGCUAUGCAAUUGCCGGCGUCAAGGUCUCACACAAGGGCUGGUCUGGUACCGACGUCCAGAGCGCCAUAACUUUGCAGAACAUCUCGCAGCUUGGCGGCACUCUGUUAAGCCUGUUGAUCUGUGGGCAGAUUUUCCAGAGUCUCGCAUCGGAGAAGCUAGAACACGCGCUCGCUGGUCAGAAUUUCUCGAAAACGGAUAUCAAGGAUGCCAUUGCGGGCACACAAAGUGAUCUUUUUAAGAAUUUGACACCAGAACUUGGGAGAAAGGCUAUUGAGGCCAUUACUGAUGGCAUGCAAAAUGUCUAUAUCUUGAGCAUGACUGCCGGAGCUCUGUCCCUGCUCUGUGCAUUGGCUAUGAAGAAGGAGCGGCUCUUUGGUAUGCAGGCUGGCGCUGGCGGUGCCUAA